AUGAGGGCUGCAGUAUUUGGUGGUGGCUAUGUCACUGUGAUUCUACUAAUUAGCAUUGUUGAAAGUCAAGCACUGGACCUGCUGAGAGGAGCUGGAACAUCACAGAAUCCCCUCUCCGCUCCCAAGGUGCACUGCUGGUGUUCGAGCUAUCCAAAUGCGACGCUGUGCACCUGGCCUAAACCACCCCACUUCCCUAGCACACAUUACAUUGCCACAUACAGUGAGAGAUAUAAUCAGGCAAGCACCAAGGAAUGCCAUCUCCUUCCACCCGGCUCUUCAUCCUCUGAACAGUUCUGGAUCUGCCAGCUGCCCAACCUGAAGCUUCUUACUGACUACAUAAUCAACAUCACAGCAGUUCAUUCUGGGAGAAGCAGCUCCCAUCUAACAAGCUUCAUGCUGGAGGAUAUAGUGAAACCAGAUCCUCCCGUUGAUGUCCGGGUUUCCCCUACUAACAACAGAAAGUUGUUGGUUGAGUGGUCUCCUCCACCUACUUGGACCAACUUGGCAAUAUUCCCCCUAAAAUACCAGAUUAUCUACCAGUGGGAAAACAAGGGGAUCCGAAGGUCUGUUAAUCUGGGUCCUUAUGAGAACACCAUGGUUGAACUGAAGGCCCUGACCCCAGGGAGGCCAUACCUGUUCCAAGUGUGUGCUAGGGAGCUGCUUGGUCUGGGCAAAUGCAGUGACUGGAGUGUGCCCGUGAAGAUCACAAUACCAAGAAAAAGACUGUAG